AUGUCGAAGGAACCUGAUGACCCUGCCGGGCACGAUCGCCCCCCAGGAAACCGUUCGAUGUUGCAGAAUGCUCUAUCACAAUUCCGUGUCCAAAACCCGUAUUCAUUUACCACCGCGCCUAUUCGUCCACAUCUUUCAGCAUCAUCUGGGAUCGGGAUAUUUACACCCAGCAUGCCUACCCCGUCUGCCCCGUCAAGCUCAAAUGAAGGGCCUACUGAGAGCGCCGCUGCUACUGAGCAGAAUCAGACGGCAAUGAACGAGACGCUUACCCUGUCUGCCCCGUCAAGCUCAAACGAAGGGCCUACUGAGAGCGCCGCUGCUAUCGAGCUGAUUCAAGACGAUCCGUCUCAUGUCACAGUCAGCCCUAUCAGACCACUUGAGACAAAUGAGGAUGCUGGGGAGGAUCUCGCCGCCAACGUUAGCCCCGAUGCUGACAACAUUGGUCAACUUGGCGGACGUGAAAACGACUUUGGUAUGGACCGUCUGGGACCCUUCAAGGGUCUUCACGUGCGUGCCAAUAUUGAGAUGGGCCCCUUCGUUAAGCCGACCAUAAAGCUCAAGUUUGUCGUUCGUCAUCUGUCUCAGAGCCACCUGUUCGCGGAAAUGAUCAUUCCAUUGGAUUACCUUGUGGAUAAGCCGCAUAUCGUCGAUAUCGACUCUGAGGAUAAGACGUCACUCAUGCCUCUCCUGAGCCAUGUGCCUACCAAUUUGGAUCAACUCGGCUCUUCCCAGACAGUUCCGGACCCAUUUCCAAGCAUUGUCCCCGGAGAUGAUGGACGUCCAGCUUGUGACAUCCAUCAAGCUACUGAUACCAUUCGCACACUUCGCCUUGACGUUGCCAGUCAAGACGUCAUCAUCAUUAAGACGCCUUCCUUUCAGGAGGAGCGUGAGAACCACCCGCAAACUCUUUGUAGCGUCGCAGACGACGUACUCGGACGUUUAGUCCUACCCAGUGUAGCCUCAAUUCGACUCUGGUUCUUUCCCGAAAAGACCUUUCACGAUACUUGGUGGACAGCGCUAGAGAAUAUAGACAGAUAUGUUCAGCCUUAUACCGAAAUCCUUCACAAGGUCAGAACAAACUACGCCGACCUGUCUUACGGUAAUUUUGAGAUGGCGGAUUUAGCACAUCCCGAAAAGCCCGUUCCCUCAACAAACGUUUUUGUUGACGCGGAACAUCAGACAGUUUCUGUCAUGGGAGGCGCCAUCGAAGAGAUCGUUUUGGCGGAUGAGCUAGCCGAGAAGCUUUGGGAAAGCAACCUCCAGGCCGUUGUUAUCAAGGAUCCCUACACAACUUGGGAAUCAAAAGACGACGACCUGCAAGUUUACGGCAUUGCUGCAGAUAAGCAACCACUUCGUUGGUACUUCAUUGUUGACUUAUCCAAUGGCGUCGCCGACAUGUUUCCCGACGUCGAUAUUCCCUUCAAAGUGUACAUCAGAACGGAAUACGACGCGCGCACCAUGCCGUCUAACGGAUUCUCCGCUGAACAAGUUCACCAUGUCACGAAUGAACUGCUACGAAAUUUCCGUCUCGCAGAAACCAAGGGCGAGAUGGCAGAGAGUAGAUGCCAGCAAGAUAUUGAUAAGGCGGCUGAGAAGGGAUAUGAAGCUAGAGAAGAACGCCUAACGGAGAAGUUGCAAACUAUCCGUAAUGACGUCUUUAAAGCAUUCGCUGCGUCCUUCCUCUAUGGAAUAUUGCCUCAACCAAGUGCAGAAGCUAUCGCUGAGCAUGCUCGAAAGCCGCUCAACGUCCAGCUUGCAGCAACAGCACAGCAUCUUGCAGAAGCCCUUCGUCAACGAGAUGACGAGAAUGACAUUGAUUGGGGUAACCGUGUACGCGUUUUUGUCCGAGAAAACGGUCCUGGCCGCUCCACCCAGGGAAUAUCAGGAUACGGAGAGGCCUUCACCGCUAUCGUUCGAGACUUGCCACCUGGCACUGCCGCAAAUAUCGGUCUUCUCGAAGUCAAGACGGCCAAUCAAUCCAACUGGCCUAUUGGGUUGAAGAAGCCUCCUGUCAAGCUGUCUCUGCCACAUGUCACUAUCAAAGGCCCACUACAUGAAUUUCUUAGUAACAUUUGGGUGCCUGUAAAGGACGCUCCAGCUAGCACCACUUACAAGACGGUUACGUUUAAGGCGUGGUUCAAGCCUGAUGAUACGAGUAUCAAGGCCGAAUGUGCCGCUGUGACCGAAAUCAAUAGCCUGGGCGAAAACGCAAUCUCCAAGAACUUCUGGACUUGGGCCCAAUGUUUUGGAGAGAACAAAAAUCUGCAUAACUGGCUCGUACAGUACCCAGCUCUUGGACGUCAAGUGGAGGCGCAUGAGUAUACUGGUGAGCGACAUGAUGUCCUUAGCCGUCUCGACAGAGUUCCUUUUGGCUACGCCGCGAUUACAGGCCCCCCCGGGUCAGGUAAAACUAGCCUUGCAGAGGAUAUUGUUCUAUCCGUCAUUUCUGAACCCUGCAAUCAUGCCGAGGUUACUGUCUACCCUCCCAUGGUACAAGGCCAAGCCACGUCUGAGGACGGCCCAGACCAUGAAAGCGACUCGGGCAGCGAAGACGACUUGGACCAUGAGAGCGACUCGGGCAAUGAUGGCGAACCGGACCAUGAAAGCGACUCGGGCAAUGAUGGCGACUUCAAUGAGGCGCCAACUGAACCUGCUACUUUCACUGCUUGGCCAAAUGACGAGACCAACCAGGAGCAGCUCGCGACUUUUACUGUAGGCCCACAACUGCCAGAAGCCUGGGAAACUGAGCCCUUAGGCAAUCAGCAGGAGGAGGCUAUAGGUGUCGCUGUCAUCCCCAGAGUCGCAUGGCUUGUUGCAGAGAACCAGCUUUGCAAUGACGCCCAAGUCAGACUGUCUAUCAAACGACCCGAUGCCGUCAUACUUCGGGCGCGGCCCUGGAAGAAAGAGAUGAACAAUAUGUACUCUCAAUCGGAUAGGGAACCCGACUUGAUCAGCAUGGAAAACAAGCCACAUGCAACUUCGCAGGAUAGACGUCUUGCAAACUACAUCAACCAUCAGAUUCAGGAUAGGUUUAACGAGUCAUCGGCUUCUCGGGGUCCGACUACGAUUUCUGAAUAUGCCAAGAGGCUUGCGCGUGAGAAUCCUGCCGAGUGGAACGAUUACCUUCAUGCAUACCGUCAGAAAAUCACAGACCCUGAGGCAUUCAACCUCAAUCGUGUUGAUAAUGAGCGGCAUGCCCGCGAACUGCUCAUCCACGUCGCUAGUUUAACCGCCGUCCUUUGCUGUACGCCGGUUACCUUUGGUCAGAUAAAAAACCACACUGGGCUUGAGUACAACUUUAUUGUCCUCGAUGAAGCCGCUAGAAUGCCAGAGUCAUUGUCUCUCAUCCCUAUGGCGAAAUGCCCCGAGGCGUCCUUUCUCAUCGUCGGUGACAAUAAGCAGUUCGGGCCUGUCGUGACGACAUUGGACCGCAAGGACUGGCAGUCGUUUUUUGGUCCUCAGCGUGCGACAAGUUUGUUUGAGCGCAUUGAGAAAUCAGGCGCUUUGCUGUUCAGGUUGAAGUCCAAUUACCGCGCCCAUAGAAAAGCCGCCGAUUUCGUCCGUGAAAAGUUUUACGAGGGGCAAAUGCACAUUGUGAACAAGACGUCCACUGUCGCGACUACUGGAAUAGCCGAUUAUAUCGCGUCUAAGACUGGGUCGCUUUACCCAAAUAUUAUGGUUGAUAUCCCGGAAGCUCAAGAAAUUCAAAUCGGCACUUCAUACGCGAACCCAGCAACUGCACGACUUGCCGUAUCGCUAGCCAUCCAGGUUUACCGAGAGGCAAGCAUCUUGAAUGCCAGAGAUGCAGAUCAACUUCAACGCGGUGAAGUCGUCAAAGUCAGACGCGGAUCUAUCCUUAUCAUCACUAUGUAUGCAGUUCAGAAGCGGAACAUCGAGCUGCUACUCAAAGAGGCUACAUCUGCAGAACUCCCACCUGGCUUAGUUGAAGUUAGAACUGUGGACGGAUCACUCUCUCAUUCUGGGGCUGUUGUUAUUGUAGAUAUCGUUCGCACAGGCCGACGUGGAUUUAUUGAUGAUCCCCGUCGAGUAGCCGUGGCGUUUAGCCGUGCUGAAUUGUGUACUAUCCUCAUCGCCAGAGAAAGAUCCGUACAAGAAAGAUCCCGUCUUGGCAGCGCUGUUCAGUUUCUGAAGGAAAGAGAUGCCGUCUACUCUCUGGGGAGGGCAAAGUCUAGACCCCAAUGGACUGAGUGGUGUUCUCGAUGUCUGCAGCCAGGACAUGUAGCUCAUGGUUGCAAGCAGACUAUCCGCUGUACCACCUGCAACGAGACGCAUGCCACGCGUUAUUGUCCGCAGGCGAACACGAACGAGAUUUCUCUCUACGCAGAAGAUCCGGUUACUGCAGAUGAUGGAGUUAGCCGUAACGUCUUUGCUUCGCGCGGCGUUCCCAAGAAUAGGGAGGGUAAGCGAGUUGCCUUCCGUGGCCAGGAGCGCGCAGCACGAAAGCCUCCUACUAGCAUCAAGACUGAGGUCAAGAAUGAGUAUAAACGAGCUGCAAAGGCAUUGCAUAGCGCUCAGCAAGACGGUGAUGGAGGUAAUGGAGACGAGUAG